GGAGAAAGCAUGUGGUCCGGAUCCCGAUGUCUCAAUCAGAUCCAAUAUUCCCUAUCUUCAACCUUCUCCCAGGCAUUUCGUUUUAAACCAAGAACGCGCUUGCUGACCAUGGGUGCUGGAGUACAAACAGUUGAUACUUCCAAAAGGCUGGCCCACCUUCGGGAGCUGAUGAGGCUGCCAGAAAACAGCGUCAAGGCUUUCGUAGUUCCAAGCGAAGAUCAGCACUCGAGCGAAUACCUUGCACAUUGCGAUGAAAGACGGGCGUUCAUCUCUGGCUUCAAUGGAUCUGCAGGCUGUGCGAUCGUUACAUUGAAGGAUGCUUACCUGUUCACCGAUGGACGUUACUUCUUACAAGCCGAACAGCAGCUGGACAAGAAUUGGAAAUUAAUGAAGCAAGGCCUUCCUGACGUGCCUACUUGGCAAGAUUUUCUGUCCAAACAUCUUGAACAGGGCACUAGGAUCGGUAUUGAUCCUACACUCAUUUCCAAGGUUGAUGCCGAUUCAUUGGGCAAGUCUCUUGAACCUCGUAAUUCAAAACUGGUGUCACUCGAGAAGAACCUAGUUGACAUUGCUUGGGGACAAGACCGUCCCCCACGACCUACAAGCAAUGUCUUUCCCUUGGAUAUCAAAUACGCUGGUAAAUCCUCUGCAGACAAGAUUCAGCAUCUCCGCGAAGAACUCCGUAAGAAAAAUGCUAAAGCUAUGGUUGUCAACAUGCUCGACGAAGUCGCCUGGCUGUUCAACUUGCGUGGGUCUGAUAUAGAUUACAACCCUGUGUUCUUCGCAUACGCCAUAAUCACAGAAAAGUCGGCAGCACUGUUCGUCAAUCCUGUACAGAUUGAUGACGUCGUUCGAGAUUAUAUUGGUUCCCAAGCUGAAAUCCGGCCUUACGAUGACUUCUUUUCGUACCUCAAGGAAACUUGCUCCAACCUUCAACUUAGCAAAGAGGCUCCAGUUCUAUUGGGUGACAAGGGCAGUCUUGCCGUCGCAGAAGCAAUUGGCCAGGAUAACGUGUUGGUAGUUCCCUCUCCGGUCGCCGCGCUGAAGACAAUCAAGAACGAGACAGAGAUAGAAGGUUUCCGCCAAUGCCAUAUUCGUGAUGGUGCUGCAUUGGCUCGUUACUUUGCCUGGCUAGAAGAACAGUUAGAAAAUGGUGUUGAACUAAACGAGAGCCAGGGUGCUGAUCAGCUGGAAAAAUUCAGAUCUGAGCUGGACAUGUUCAAGGGACUAUCAUUUACAACCAUCUCAUCUACAGGACCGAAUGGAGCCAUCAUACAUUAUUCUCCUGACCCUAAUGACUGCGCUAUAAUUAAGAAGGAUCAGUUAUAUCUGUGUGAUUCCGGAGGUCAGUAUUUGGAUGGAACGACGGAUGUCACAAGGACAUUGCACUUCGGGACCCCGACAGAUGAAGAGAAACGAGCUUUCACAAGAGUCUUACAAGGCCAUAUCUCCAUCGACACUGCCGUUUUUCCUACUGGCACAUCAGGAUACAUCAUCGAUUCCUUUGCUCGGAGAGCUUUGUGGCAGGAUGGACUAGAUUAUCGGCAUGGUACUGGCCACGGAGUCGGCCAUUUCCUUAAUGUUCACGAAGGUCCUCAAGGGAUCGGUACACGUAUCGGAUACAACAACUUUCCAUUGAAAGCUGGCAUGACGAUCUCAAAUGAACCUGGUUAUUACGCUGACGGGCGCUUCGGCAUCCGAAUCGAGAACGUUAUCAUUGUCCGGGAAGCUCAGACUCCAUACAACUUUGGAAACGGAUACCUCGCCUUCGAGCACCUCACGAUGUGCCCUAUUCAUAAGAAACUCGUGGACCUGAGUAUAUUGACCGUGCAAGAGAGAGACUGGUUGAAUGCCUAUCAUGCAGAAACAUGGAAGAAAGUGUCUCCUCUUCUUCAUAACGACCCGAGAGCCCUAGCCUGGCUUGAACGAGAAUGCUCUCCCCUCUAGCAAUAUAAUAGUAAUGAAGAAAGAUACCGUAUGGUUUGUAUACUAUGAUAGAAUCAUGAUGUCAGUAAGCUAUAUGGCAGC